UUGUCCACAACUUCCUUUGAUAAGGCAAACCACAUUUCCAGUCCUUCAUCUUUGGAUGUGAGAGGUUCUAUCUUCAGCUGCUCAUCAUUGUUUGUGUUGGCAAUCAUUAGUAUGACGGCCGACAAUCCUAAUAGUUUAGGCUCGCGGGCCCAUCAGCGCAUGUCGCGUAUCAAUCGUCGUAUUUCCGUUCUACCUGUUCCCACUGUCUCCAACUUUUCUAAACGAAUUCAUGGUAUAACCUGGCAAGCGUAUCCGGUCGGUCUGGGUACUGCAACUGCAUACAUUCUGUUGGCCAAUCUCAAGCCUCAUCCACAAUUUCUCACUCACAUCGAAAUCGGGCUUUUUAUCUUGGAAAUCAUUGUGUUUUGCCUCACUACUGGGUUGCUAGUUGUUCAAGCGGUCCUAUAUCCAAGGCAAUUCAAGAGGGUAGCGCUCGAUCCGAACAAGAACUCAUUUAUCCCAACCUGCGUCCUGGUUUUUGCAACGAUCAUCAUUGGAACUGUCAACUAUGGUAUGCAAUUUCUUCAAAGUCUCAACUUUGAUGGAAGAGUCCAGAUGGUCCAUUCUAACACUCUGGCUUGCCCUUUACGUCUACUUCAGUGUUCCAAUAGGAAUAACGGCCGAUGA